CCGUCCUGGUCCUCCUCUCUCCCCCUCCUCUCUCUCCGACUCCACCCUCUCCACCGACGGCAUGGCGAGCCUACAGGCAAAGGAGUGCGAGGCUGACGGCUGCUGCCAGGAGGCUAAGCUCCAGUGUCCCCGGUGCAUCACGCUCGGGAUCCAGGGCUCCUACUUCUGCUCUCAGGAAUGCUUUAAGAAGAAUUGGGCGACUCACAAGUUGCUGCACAAAAAAGCAAAGGAGCAGAACAAUGAAGAACCCAACGAAUGCACAAAGGAUGUUAACACAGACCCAUGGCCAGGCUACCGCUUCACUGGGAAACUACGGCCGCACUAUCCGUUGACUCCGUUGAGGCUCGUACCCGGUGACAUCCAGAGACCAGACUAUGCUGAUCAUUCAAGAGGUAUGUCUGAGUCUGAACAGACUUUAAAGGGGACAUCGCAGAUAAAGAUAUUGCCUCCUGAAGACAUUGAAGGCAUGAGAGUAGUAUGCAAGCUGGCACGAGAAGUCCUGGACAUAGCCGCCCUGAUGGUUAAACCUGGCAUCACUACUGAGGAGAUCGACCACACAGUGCAUCUGGCUUGCACAGCAAGGAAAUGUUAUCCUUCCCCUCUUAACUAUUACAACUUUCCGAAGUCCUGCUGCACAUCGGUCAAUGAAGUGAUCUGCCACGGCAUUCCCGACCGGAGACCUCUGCAGGACGGCGACAUCCUCAACGUGGAUAUCACCGUCUACCACAACGGCUUCCAUGGCGACCUUAAUGAGACCUUCUAUGUCGGGGAGGUGGAUGAAGGUGCCAGGAAACUAGUUCAAACCACCUAUGAAUGCCUUAUGCAAGCUAUUGAUUCAGUGAAGCCUGGGAUUCGCUACAGGGAACUAGGUAACAUCAUCCAGAAACACGCUCAGGCCAACUGCUUCUCUGUGGUGCGGAGCUACUGCGGCCACGGGAUCCACCGACUGUUCCACACCGCGCCCAACGUGCCACACUACGCCAAAAACAAAGCGGUCGGGGUUAUGAAGCCUGGCCACGUGUUCACUAUCGAGCCGAUGAUCUGUGAAGGAGGCUGGCAGGACGAGACGUGGCCCGACGGCUGGACGGCGGUGACCCGUGACGGGAAGCGCUCAGCCCAGUUUGAACACACCCUGCUGGUCACAGAGACCGGCUGUGAGAUCCUGACCUGCCGAUUGGACGACAAGGGCGACGCCCACUUCAUCAGCCAGACUUAAGGACUCUGAUUGGAUGAUACAUCUCUAGUUCAGAGACACAGAAAUACAAGUUGAUACGCACCUCACAAUAAGUGGGUCCUUCUCCCUCAUCUGUGGCUGUCCUCAUUCUUAAAUUGAUAUUUUGGUCACUCCAAUGUAACAGAAGUUCUUGAAUGUGUUUUCGUACCAAGUGUGGAUCAGUUGUUUCACCAUUGGGGAUUAUUCUAUAAAUCUCACAUUUAGUGAUGAGUUUGUGUGUUCUAAAAGUGGUACUUUUAAAUCCAGUUCUCUUAUGGCUGUCGUGACAAUUGGCAAAAAUAAACGAUCAAUCUUAGUUUCUAGCAGCCAGUUUCACAAAGCAGACUACAGAGACUCAGAAAUACUACUGACCACAAACCUUCCCUAAACCCCCAUUUACUUUAUAAAAUGUUGGCUUUUGAAAUAAUGUCAGAAAUGUAAUUGAAUAACAUUUAGUCUUUCAAGUGCUACAAUUUGUAAUAUUCUUUGUAGUGCCUGUUUGGUGCUUCAUGAGUCAGAUUCCUUGUGUAGCAAAUCAAGCCUUAACAUUAAAAAAUAUUUGCUGGAUUAUAUAA